AAGGUGAGGCUAAGAGAGAGGUGUUAUUGUUGCCCCCUGCAGAGAAAGACACAGCUGAUCAUAUCUUUGAGGCCCUAGGAAGAAUAUAUGGGGAUGCUGUAACAGUAAGCCAGUUAAGGGCACAGUUUUUUAAGUGUCAACAACAAGCAGGGGAAGGGGUGGGGCCUUUCAUACUGCGUCUCCGCGAGUCUCAUUCCAGGUGGCGUGCGAAAGAGCCGACUGUGGGAUCCGAUGAUGAGAUGCUUCGAAGCCAGUUGGUGCUUGGACUACAGCCUGGCCCUGUACAGAUGGAACUGCAGAGACGAGCACGCAGGGAACCCACACUGGCUUUUGACGAGGCAUGCAAGGAGGCAAAGGCUAUGGAGAAAGAAACGCAACAGGCUCAUGCACCAAUGGAUGUGGAGACCCGCCGCACGUAUAACAGUCCGACUCCGCCCCAGCCCAGCCAUGGAUCGAAGUCCUCAACCGACCCGCUGCAAGACUGGGGUAGCCUCAAGGAGGCAAUGCGCACUGAACUGGUGGAGGAGUUACGUGCUCAAGUAAACGACAUGAAGACCUCUCUCUUAGCAGAACUGCGCACUCAACGAACAGCUCCCGGGCCAACACCUCGACAACCUGACCCGGCUAGCAAUAACAGUAGCCAUCCACAAGGGACCCGCCCCCGCCGGAGAGAUAGAACACCUCAAUGGGACGACCAGGGACGGCCCAUAUGCCUCCGGUGUGGCCAAGCUGGCCACAUGCAGCACAAUUGUGUUUCUCAGGGACCAGUCGACCAUCGCAGAGUGGCGUCCUCUGCAGACGGCAGUAGCCCCGCGGAAGCCCCAAUGAAGACGGCCCUCGUAGGACAGUGCCCUGAGGUCGAGGUCCUGGUCCAAGGGUCAGAGCACCUGAAUGCAGAUGCGCUGUCCAGGCUUCCAGAGGCCCUGCUGGCAGGACGUGUCGAGGCCCCAACUAAUGGAGGUACGCAGGAGGUAUGGGCAGAGCGGCAGGGAAGUGAUCCGGACCUCACACUUAUACGUCGGUGGCAGCAGCAGGGGCAUGAACCAUCUGCAGUGGAGCGGCAGACCCUCCAGUUGGCUGGUCGACAGCUGUUAAGAGAAUGGCCUAACCCAACUGUAAUGGAAGGGGUAUUGCUGUGUAAAAGGCCGGCCUCAGGUGCACUGGGAGAGGUGACUGCGGUGGUGGUGCCGGUGGCAGACAGAAGGCAGGUUUGGACUCGCUACCAUGAGGCCCUGGGUCAUGCCAAGGGGUACCGACUGCUGGCUGCACUGAGGGAGAGGGUGUUUUGGAAUGGUAUGAACCGAGACAACCGCAGGUGGGUAAGGGAAUGCACCCAGUGCUGCCUCAAUAGCAACGUGGAGGGGCCAAGGGCACCGCUAUGCUCCAUCGACAGCAGCUACCCGUGGGAGACACUAGCCCUGGACUACCUGUCGCUGAACCGGGCUGGUGACCGGUAUCCAUACAUAUUGGUCAUUGUAGAUCUCUUCUCCAGAUUUGCAUUCGCAGUGCCUACAAAGGACCAGACAGCACCGACGACAGCUAGAGUCUUGUGGACCACGGUUUUCCAAUCAUUCGGGUGCCCAGAGAGGAUUCUGACCGACCAGGGACCUGCGUUUGAGGCUGAGUUGACCCAGCAGUUGUGUGGACUCUACGGCUGCCACAAGGUGAGGACCACGCCAUAUCACCCACAGGGCAAUGGAGCCUGUGAGCGUAUGAACCAGACCAUCUUGGGGUUGCUCAACACCCUCAGCCAACGUGAACAGGGCCGAUGGAUGGAGCAUCUACCAGAGCUGACGCAUGCCUAUAAUAACACGCCCCACAGUGUUACUGGGUUGGCCCCCUUCUUUGUCUUGUUUGGUAGGCAUGCGCGGCUGCCGGUCGACCAGCUGAUGGGAGUACACCGAUCGGAGUGGAGGGGUAACACCCUCGAGUGGAUCGGUGAGCAUCAUGGCCGCCUAACCUCGGCGUACCAGCUAGUGCGCCAGGGGACUCAACAGCGGCAACAGCAGGAUCAGCGGCGCCAUAAUCGGGGCCGGAGGGCCCUGCCGCUGCUUCCAGGAGAGCGGGUCUUGGUCCGGGAUUUCCGCCGCCGUGGCCGGGGGAAACUAGGAUACCAUUGGGAUCCUAGGCCCUAUGUGGUGCUGAACCAACCCUCAGCGGACCGUCCAGUCUACACCCUGCGCCCAGAAGGCCGGGAGGGGCCCACCAAGACUAUUUCAACCACCUGCGCGCCAGCCUGCUGA